ACACAGACAGCUGAACAGAAAUCCGGAGAGCUGCUUUCUUAGGCUGGAGGUUUUCCCCACUCACUGUACAUCCUCCGCUCCUCUACCCAUUUUGCAAAUGGAUGGGAUGCCCCAUACCAACUCCAGAGAGUACCAUUAACGGCCAACAGAGGCCUUGAUGUCAAAAUGACAGAACGCUUUGACUGCCACUACUGCAAAGAGUCCCUCUUUGGCAAAAAGUACAUCUUGCGGGACGAGAGUCCUUACUGCAUCAAAUGCUACGAGAGCCUGUACUCCAACACCUGUGAGGAAUGUAAAAAGCCUAUUGGCUGUGAUUGUAAGGAUCUGUCCUACAAGGACCGGCACUGGCAUGAAACCUGUUUCCACUGUUUCCAGUGCAAGAACUCACUGGUGGACAAGCCUUUUGCUGCUAAAGAAGAACAUCUACUCUGUACUGAAUGUUACUCCAAUGAGUACUCUUCCAAGUGUAGUGAGUGCAAGAAGACCAUUAUGCCAGGAACUCGCAAGAUGGAAUAUAAAGGAAGUAGCUGGCAUGAGACCUGUUUUAUCUGCCAUCGAUGCCAACAACCAAUAGGGACGAAGAGUUUCAUUCCCAAAGACAAUCAGAAUUUCUGCGUGCCGUGCUAUGAGAAGCAGUUUGCCAUGCAAUGUGUCCAGUGCAAGAAGCCCAUCACUACAGGAGGAAUUACUUACCGGGAGCAGCCAUGGCACAAGGAGUGCUUUGUGUGUACUGGAUGCAAGAAACAGCUGUCUGGUCAACGUUUUACUUCCAGGGAUGAGUUUGCCUAUUGUCUGAACUGCUUCUGCAGCCUCUAUGCUAAAAAGUGUGCAGGGUGCACCAAUCCAAUAAGCGGACUUGGAGGAACCAAGUACAUCUCCUUUGAGGAACGCCAGUGGCACAACGACUGUUUCAACUGUAAGAAGUGCUCCCUCUCCUUAGUCGGCCGUGGCUUCCUCACAGAGAGGGAUGACAUCCUGUGCCCAGAGUGUGGGAAAGACAUUUAAGACAUCAAAGUGGAAUAAAAAUAAGCUGCGUGUGUUUUCUAAAAUAAGUAUUGACAGCGUGUAUGAACUUUGACCAGAAGUGAGAAAUGUAGUGUUUUGUUUUUCAA